CCUCCUUUCGUCAGAACCGACUGCACGCAAGUACCCGGCUUCCGGUGCUGGCGGCGCUAUGCGCACCGGGAAAUGUAGUUUUAGCGCUAGUGAAUUAGAGGUAAAUCGAAGUUUUGGAAUUAUAUUAUUGAUUUCAGACAGUUGUGCUGUUGCUGAUACUUGACUAAUAAAAUCCACCCAUCGAGGGUGAUCCUCUGCAUUGUGGCUUCUACUACUUAAGACAUCUAAGCCCCUACCCAUCGAGACAUUGUGCUGGGUAAGUGGUUGGAAGAUGAUUUGAUGAAAUAAAGAAGAGGAAUAAACUUUAAAAGCAAAUUGCUCAAAAUAAUACAUUAUAAAACAACAAACUUAACUGUGAAAUUACCAAUAAGGUCAGUGAAUGUCUGCUUAGUGGCUAUAAUAUAUUGUAUGUCUGUUUUACACUAUCAUCACACACAAUAAUAGCAAUGAUAAAUGGUUGCUUGGGCAAUCAUAUCAUACAUCUGAACAACCAAAUCAAAAUUGGAUACUGCCUAUAACAAAGUGUGUGCACAAGGGACUGUGUCUGCUUUUUGCUGCUUGUCUAAACAGCUACACUUGUGACCUACCGCUCCCAAAAUACACCUCAGGCCUGCCCGGUCUUUUGGUGAGAGCAGUAAUGGGUUAAGUAGGCCUUGGCGAUGGACUGCUCCACCCCUCGUCCCGAUCCGCUCCUGUCAUCUGUGCCUUUCAGACCCAGAAGUCUAACGAGGGCUGAGAAUUGAAACUUGCAGCUUUCACAGCACAACUGAUCACGGUGACGUUUGCUGGCACCUACAGAUGGCAUCCUGGACUCUUGCCAGCCUGCUGGGCAUGCUCACUCAGCUCGGGUGUGUCUCCUCACUCCAUUUCUCCCCCGAGACGGUGGGCAUCCAGUCGGCCUUCUCCGCCGCCCGAACCAGCAGCUUCCACGGAGGUUCCCAGGCGGCCGUGACCUUCGACCGCCUUCUCCUUAACGUCGGCGAUGACCUAAAUCCCGACACCGGAGUGUUCAGGUGUCGCAUAUCCGGCACUUACUACUUCUCUUAUACGGUGGGUAAGUUUCCGAAGAAGCCUCUGUCCGUCAUGCUGGUGAAGAACAGGCAGGAAGUCCAGGCUUUGGUCUACAACGACCACCAAAACAAAGAUCGGAAAGUACAAAGCCAGAGCGCCGUGAUCAGACUGAAGGCCCAGGAAACAGUGUGGCUCCUUUGUCACAACAGCCCUAAAUAUGCCCUAUACAGCAAUACGGGGCCGUACGUCACCUUCAACGGAUACCUAAUAUACCCAGACUCUUCCUCAGACUACCUUGACAAUCACUUGGCUCUGCCAGGGUUCUUCUAUCCUGGCUUCCCUCUUCUGGGCAGUCCCAGGAAGGCCCAAGCAAAAAACAGGGAGGAGCCCCGAUCGGCGUUUUCAGUGGGCAAGACUACCUCUGUUCUGGGGAAGAGUUCAGCGCAGGAGAUGAAGCAGGCCAUGACUUUUGACGUUGAGUACGUCAACAUCGGGGGUCAUUUUAACAAGUCAUCUGGCCGCUUUACUUGCCGGUUCCCCGGAGUCUAUUACUUUGCCUUCACUGUGGGCAAGCACCCGGAAAGGGCCUUGUCUGUGAAGCUGAUGACGGGGGCUGGAGAGGUGCAGGCUAUGGUGUUUGACAACGGCAAGUCGAAGCGGCGGGAAAUGCAGAGUCAGAGUCUGCUUUUGUCACUGCGGGAGGGAGACACCGUGUGGCUGUACAGCCACCAACACAAACGCUUUGCUGUCUAUAGCAACCAAGGCCGCUACACCACCUUCUCUGGUUUCCUGGUAUACCCUGAGCCGCUGGAAUCGAAGCAUUUGUCCAGAACUCCUCUAUGAGACCUGCCUCCACACACACCACGUAAAACACCUUUAUGAAUCAUCAAAUCCUUUCUAAAGUCACAUCACAACUACUUAAUAUGCACAUAAUACUUAUGUAAUGGUGCAUGAUACGUACGUCUAAAAUGAAAGCUACAACGUCUUAUUGAUAAUAUGCCGCUUAAACUUAAUGUGUUUAGAGCAAAAAUGUCUCUGAAAAUCAUAACACGUCUAGAUCACUGAAAUUUCUCCC